AUGCGGAAUAAUCUUUUCGCUUAUUUUGGCAUUAGGCCUACCAAAUCUGGUAAGGUGCAUGCUUCAGAUAAUGGUAUACUUACGACUGUUGCAAACACAUUGCAAGGUGCCCAGAGAUUCCUCAACAGACAGAACGGGAGAUUCACUGUAGAAGGAGACGGUACAGGAAAUCCAUGGCUCUUCUAUGAUUCUACAUGGCAAGUAGAAACAGAAUUCAUGUACGACCCUACCGGAAAACCGGUUCCGGGCCCAAAAGACUCCACCAAGCAGGCCAACUUUCGCACCUUCGCUGGCUCAGUCGAUGCUAGCACAAUAGCUUGGUCAAAGACAUGCAAUUGGGCAAGAUAUGCAUGCUAUUCCUCUGAUCUGCACGACUACGUUAUAGAAACCAAGGCAAAUCGAUACCCUGGAAGCUCACCCCCGAGGUAUAGAGGAAAGACGCUAUCACACAGGGAACUUCGAUUUGGUCUUACGAAUACGAGCCUUUAUCGUGAUGUCGUUACGCUUUGCCCAGUUGCAUUCAGCGAAACUGUUGGCGCUUAUCUUGAUUAUGCUUCUCCAAGAUCGUUGACACUUUUCCAUGAAUUGAUCCUUUUGAAAUUUGGACGAGGAGCAGAUGAUACACCGGAUAGUGCCACCAAAUCAACUGAAUGUCUAGCGCAAACAGCUAAUAAGCAAAGUUCCCAAAGUCUAGUCAAUCCAGACUCUUAAGUGUUCUUUGCGUGGUCUUACUAUCUCACCAUGAAUGGUAAUCCGAGCUAUAAAUGGCAUAGCGAAUUUGCCCAGACAUAGAGAUAGUUUUGAAAGUAAUACAUAGAAGUACGAGACAGUGUAUUCAAAUUCGUGUAUAUAUGAGAAUUUUGCCGACUUGCAAUUGAGUAUUCCGCAUUGAUCAAUUAAUAUUGUGAUUCUGAAGGUGAAGGCCGUGUAAACUUCACUUGCUGA